CGCAGACCGAAGGCAGAAUCCGAUCCUUCCUCUCUUGUCUUCUCCGUCAUACGAGUGAUCCUAUCAAUUUUAACCCCUCUUUGUUAGCGCAAUCCAAUCAGGUUUCUUCCUGUAAGAACAUGGGCAAACUGUGGACCUUGACCACCCAUCUUCAUUCUCUCGCCGGGCCGGUGCUGACGUUGUUGUACCCCUUGUAUGCGUCAGUGGUGGCUAUAGAGUCUCCGUCGAAGGUGGACGACGAGCAGUGGCUAUCUUACUGGAUCCUGUACUCCUUCCUGACGCUCACAGAAAUGGUUCUGCAAUCAAUUCUAGAGUGGAUUCCGAUAUGGUACGAUGUGAAGUUGGUGGUGGUGGCGUGGCUGGUGUUGCCACAGUUCAACGGGGCAGCCUUCUUGUACGAGAGAUUCGUGAGAGAACAAAUCAGGAGAUACGUGACAGGAAGAGAGGCUCAGCAGCAGCAGAAGGCUUCUUCGUCCAUCCUUAAAGAGAAGAAACAAAAGUCUCCUACCAACGCAAAGGGCAAGAAAAAGUUCGUGGAUUUCAUCCUCCCCAAGAAAGGUGAUCACGACGGAAAUGCUUAGUUACGGUCUUGCUUUUCUGUUUGGACUUUGGAUUCCUUCGCCACUUUUCUGUUUGUACUUUGUAUCUUUCACACCUCAUGUGUAUUUUAUCAUAUUCAUGUAUUUAUAAAAUGAAAUUUCCAAUGUGUUACAACUAAA